UCCGGAAGUGACAGUAACAGAGACUGCGCAGGGGGCCUGAGCGGGAGAGUCCUGGCGAGGGCGCUGGCCGAGAGGCGGUCGGCUUGUAGCAGGUCCCGCACUCCAGCCUCUCGCUGCCAGGGCUUGCUCUCUGCUUGUCCUGGACUGAGGUGCCCAUGACGGAGUCAUCCGAGGAGGAAAAAAUCUGUUCCGGGUGAGCCCAGGCCGCCCCGGAUAUGCGAUGGCUGAGGAGCAGACACCAGGGACCACACUGAGGUGGGAGUCAAGGCGGGGAAUAUAAGCACGAUUUUAGUGGUCUUUGUCCCACCAGAGUGGGAGCAGGCUCUCCUGAAUGUUGAGACCAACCUGGCUUACCAGGAUAUUUCUUCCUUGGGUUGGGUUUCAGACCAAGAUACUGGAUUCUCCUAGUUAAGAUAAAAAGCUCUGGGUGCCUGACAGUGAAAAUGGUGUAAUCUGCGUUAACAGUUCACAGCUUGAAGGCAUGACAGUUAAAGAACACACAUGGACUUGUGGCACAUGGAAAUGUGCGCACAGAAAAAGGAAAUCUAUAAUUCUUUAAAAGUAGGAAGGCAUUCUUCCUUGCCAAAAUGGGUACAUUCUGUUCAGUUAUCAAGUUUGAAAAUCUACAAGAAUUAAAGAGACUGUGUCACUGGGGUCCCAUCAUAGCCCUUGGUGUUAUAGCAAUAUGUUCUACAAUGGCCAUGAUUGACUCUGUGUUGUGGUAUUGGCCCUUACAUACAACUGGAGGAAGUGUGAAUUUCAUCAUGUUGAUAAAUUGGACUGUCAUGAUUCUUUAUAAUUACUUCAAUGCCAUGUUUGUCGGUCCGGGCUUUGUCCCUCUGGGGUGGAAACCGGAAAUUUCUCAGGAUACCAUGUAUCUCCAGUAUUGUAAAGUCUGCCAAGCAUACAAGGCACCACGUUCACAUCACUGCAGAAAGUGUAACAGAUGUGUGAUGAAGAUGGACCAUCACUGUCCUUGGAUCAACAACUGUUGUGGUUACCAAAAUCAUGCUUCGUUCACACUGUUUCUCCUUUUAGCACCACUGGGUUGUAUCCAUGCUGCUUUCAUUUUUGUGAUGACUAUGUACACACAGCUUUAUCAUCGGCUCUCCUUUGGGUGGAACACAGUGAAGAUCGACAUGAGUGCAGCCCGGAGAGAUCCUCUUCCAAUUGUUCCAUUUGGAUUAGCUGCAUUUGCUACCACCUUGUUUGCCUUGGGAUUAGCUUUAGGAACAACCAUAGCUGUUGGGAUGUUGUUUUUUAUCCAGAUGAAAAUAAUUCUCAGAAACAAAACUUCUAUUGAGUCAUGGAUUGAAGAGAAGGCUAAAGAUCGAAUUCAGUAUUAUCAACUGGAUGAAGUCUUUGUUUUUCCAUAUGAUAUGGGAAGUAGAUGGAGGAACUUUAAACAGGUAUUUACGUGGUCAGGGGUCCCUGAAGGAGAUGGACUUGAGUGGCCAGUAAGAGAAGGCUGUCACCAAUACAGCUUAACAAUAGAACAGUUGAAACAAAAGGCAGAUAAGAGAGUCAGAAGUGUUCGCUAUAAAGUAAUAGAAGAUUAUAGUGGUGCCUGCUGCCCUUUGAAUAAAGGAAUCAAAACCUUCUUCACAAGCCCCUGCACUGAAGAGCCUCGAAUACAGCUGCAAAAAGGGGAAUUCAUUUUAGCCACAAGAGGUUUACGAUACUGGUUGUAUGGAGACAAAAUUCUUGAUGAUUCCUUUAUAGAAGGGGUCCUUAAGACUGAUUUUCAUCAUGGUCCACAAGGCAAGAAACACCACAACUUUUAUAAGCUUGGAUCUUCUCAUUCUGAACCCAACUAUACAAAUUUCCUGUAGCUACAAGAACCAGCAUGGUUUGUGACUGAAAUGCGCUAUUAUUAAAAUGAUAUAUUACCUGUAAGCUCUCCCCAUGUACAAAAAUUUGUAACACUGGUUGACUCCUGUUGUAGAUAUUUUCUAUCUUCUCUGGCGCAAUGUAUUCUCCUUGGGCCAGCUUGAAAAUGUUCUUUUUACGGUCGAUGAUCUUCAGAGUUCCAUUCUACAUGAGACAGAUGAAAGUAUCAGUAUUUUUGAGCCACAGAGAUGAUAUCAGUGGGGAGAGUGGUGAAGUCACAGUCAUCUUUCUUCUCCAAAGCUGAUUUCUCCAGAGACUUUUGAGCUGUCUUUCAUUUCUCUUUCUUGGCUUUGGUGAAAGGGGAGGGAAGCAUCAUGCAGCAAGAACCUGUCUUUACUGUAUAUCUAUGUGGAGAGUCAAUGUGCAGCCUCAGAGAAAGUCUCCUGGAUCUGCUGGAGUUAUGCAAAUUGAUGCCUCAUCCAAGGAAGAAAUUGCGCAGCUCUCAAUUUCCAAUCACUAAUUUCCAAUUAGUUCAUUUUCAGAACUCUCAGCAAUAGAGGUGUUGUCUUUUGUUUAGACUUUUGAUUUGAUUUGAAUAGUUCUCCCACUGUUUGACUCCCUGUUAUGUUUUCCUCCUUGUUAGAUCUGGGAGCAGGCUCAAACAGCUCCACUGUGCUAAUCAAGCAAGUCAAUUACUGGGCUUGUUAGGACAGCAACAGGGCUGAGAGGACUCUGACCAGCCACCAAAGGUCAUUUGCAGCUUCAUUUCUCUGAACUAAUUGGUCUGAGGAGCUUAGGUCUUUAGGGAUUUGAAUUGUAGAAUUGGGACAAAUGGCAAAUACAAUCCACAUGCUAACACCCUAAGUAGGGCGACUACCUAAACCAACUCUGGAACUAUCACAAGGCCGACUCGAUAAAUUAGCCAUCAAUUCAGCCUAACGUUCAUUAUCUGAAAGUGAUUAAUAAAGUGCAGCCUUCUAUAA